AGUAUAUCCAAGUGACCCAGUCCGAGGAGUAAUUAGCCUUAGGUGUUCGCCCACGAUUCAUACCACAACCGUACAACCGUACCUUACCAAGUACCCAACGAAGACAUGAGAACAUACGCAGAUUCUUGGCUCAAGGUCGAGGAGGGCUUGGGUGGCGUCCGGCCCGUUCUGAAAGGGAGUGCUGACGAGCUGCGAGCCCAAUUCGGCGGUCUCCUUGCUGCACUGGCGCCCGGGUAUCCUCAGCCAUCCGGCUCCGUCAAGACGGAAGACGGCACUCUCGACGCCAUCAAGUAUCGCAUCUAUAUCCCAACUGGGCUGGGCGACGGCGGAGGGCUUCCCGUCGGCGUGUAUUACCACCCCGGCGGUUUCGUCCUGGGGCAAUCCGAAGCCGACGAAGUUCUCUGUCGUCACAUUGCUGAGAAUACCAAGAGCAUCAUUUUCAGUGUGCAAUACAGACUGUCUCCAGAACAUAAGGCGCCUGCCCAUCUUCAGGACACGAUGAAGGCGUUUGAGUGGGCCAACGAAAAUGCCACCAAAUUUGGCGGUGAUCCAAACAAGAUGUACACCAUCGGCGUCUCGGCGGGGGCCGGACUCGCCCUUGCCGUCGCGCGUAAAGUUACUCUGGGCCAGUCUACUGCGAGCCGGGAUGCAGUUAAGGGCAUAGUCUCCUUCGGCCCUUACACUCUGCAUCAGGACAACAUCCCGCAGGCGUACAAGUCGACUUACACGUCCCAUGAGGAGAACGGCGAGAACGUCCCGGUCAUAGACGCGACUACGAUGCGGCAGUUUUUCGAGCUCGCUGGUCUUAGUCCCGAGGACAGGGAUUACUUUCCGGCGCUGGAUCAGGGGCACCACAAGCAUUUCCCCCCGACAUACAUUGUCACUUGCGAGUUCGACCCCCUACGGGACGAUGGACUAGUCAUGGCCCAAUCUCUGAAGGCGGCGGGCGUUCCAGUAAAGGCGGAUCACUAUGACGGGCUGCCUCAUUGUUUCUGGCUGUUUCCUUCUCUGCCUGAGACCGAGGUUUUCAUGAAGAACGCCGUGGAUGGCGUGAAAUGGGUUAUCAAUCAGAUGUGAUGUAGUUAAGCAUCAGAGCAUAGAGACGUGGCAGGGAGCCCUUCUAAAUUAUGCAGUUCCCACUGAGAAUCCCUUUGCAUCAACCCCUUUGCAUCUUGAUCAGAUCUUAAUAGGAGAAACAACC